GAAAAGAGGGGAAGGAGGGAGCAAGAAAUGGAGAGGGAAUGGGAGAGCUGAAGCAAGAAGCAGCUGCGAUUGUGAAGUUCUCGAGACUCAACAGGUCGUGGACAAAAUAUUAGAGAUACGGACUCUGGAUCAGGAUGUAGGCCUGGAUCACAUGGAUGUGAAAAUGCUGCUGUCCUGCUUACGGCAUAUCUUGUGCAUUCUCCUCCCGUUCCACUUGGUGGAAACUCAGCAUCCCCUUCAAGCCAACAUCACGCUAGUGUUCGACAGCUCAGACCAUGCUGCCCGCUUAUGCAACUGCAGCUGUGCGUCGGCGGUAUACAGUUGUAAUGAGACUCUCGCCAGCCUGAUGUGCAGCUGUGGCACUGUCGGGCGCACGGCUCUGUCGCCCGGCACCUUGGAAGCGGAGAUGCUGGCAGUGUGGGCGUGGCAGCCCUGGGUGCUAAGGGAGCUGCUGAAUGGUAGCAGGGUUUCAGAGCUGCAGCUGUCUCUGUGUAGCCCAGCCUCGCUUUUUGAACCUUCUCAAUAUCUUACUAUUGUGGGUCUGAGGAAGCUUCAGAUCUCCAGUAAUGGAAUGUCACAAAAAAAAGUUCUGAACUUUGGACUAAACAUACAGGAUGGGAAUCUCAGCGUUGCGUUUUUAGACUUGUGGUCACUGAACCAUCACCUGAAGGCCUACAGUGUCAUCGGACCACCAGUGCAGAAGCUCAUGCAGCAUUUUCCUUACCUUCAGCAAGCCAAUAUUAAGAUUACUGACCUAGAAGAGAUCCAAAAGCCAGCCAUCUUAACUUUUAUUUACUAAAUUGAUCAAAUCUUUUGCUUAUUUCUACACUGGAUUAAUAAUAUAAUCAUACCUGUCUAAUCAUGGAACAGUGCGUUCUCUGAUUUAAUGAGUGCCGGAGGAUAGUGCCUAACUUGUUUCCUAAGGCAUGGCAUUAAAACAGAAAACCCCCAAUACCAUGUUCAGUUUCAGACAUGUGAGAGUUUACUGCAAAGGAACACUUCCUCCACUUUUAUUUUUUUUUGCCGACCACAAAAACAACAACCAAAAAAAAAAAAAAGCGCUUUAGAAUCACUUCCUUUUUCCUUUGUGGCUGUACAUUCAGAAAGAUGACAUUUUUCUGGCACAAAUACAUUUCUGAAACCUUC